UUGAAACAACAGUCUCCCGGCCAUUUCACUUUUUACUCCUCUUCUUUUGAAGUAUAAGCAAAGAAAACCCUAACCUAACCAAUCAUCAAAUAUCCAUUCUCCUUUUUCAUGUAUACCAUUCUUAUCCCCAACCCAAGGUGAAGCACAACCAGUACCACCAUGGAAUCUCAUCAUUCGACCAAUAUCGAUUGUAGCUCUAAGGUUGACGCGUCCCGUCCCUUCCGCUCCGUCAAAGAAGCCGUGGCCAUCUACGACGAGCGGCUUCUUCUGGGAGAAUUUUUCUCUCCAAAGCCUUGCGUGAACAUCCCCAAGCAAGAAACUUCGUGGAACUUCUCACCAAUUCCUACAGAGUCUAAACUUGAAGAUCUUAAUGAUCACCGCUCUAUUUUAGAUACCCUGAAGAAGCUGGAGGCCGAGCUCAAGGAAACGAAGGUGGAGCUGAAGUUGCUGAAGGAGAGAGAGUCCGAAACCGAGGUCGCAUUGGCUUCGCUGAACGCCGAGCUUCACAAGAACAUGUCAAAGUUGGCCGAGGCCGAAGCCGCUGCGGCAGCAAAGGCAGUGGCUGCGACAGAGAUGAUGAGUUUGGAGAGAGCAAGUAGUAGGAUAAGAGAGGAAGAGAGGAAGAGGGAGUUAAUGUAUAGUAUGGAGGACUCAACUACUCUGGCUCAAAUAUUAAGCCUUGGUAAGGAAGGAUAUUUUGGAAUAGAGAAGAAGAGGAUGAAGAAGAAGCCUAUUAUUCCUCUGUUGGGAGAUUUAUUUUCCAGGAAAAAACGUUCUUCUACUGCUCUGCGUACGUAAACACACUCUGUUCGUCUCCCAAAUUGUAUAAUUGAUAUCAUUCCUUUUCCUUUUAUCGUCUUCUUCUUCUUUUUUAAUUAAUCUUCUUUAAGAUCUAUAAGAACGUCUGUUUUGAUCUCUGUGACUGGGUAUUCAUUCAAUGAGCAAAUUAGCUUAUUUAUGGCCA